UUAUUUUGAUAAAAUGGCUGACGAUGAAUCCAAAAAAACUGACAAUUCCAAUAAGCAAGUUGAAAAAGCUGUUAAUACUCCUCAGAAGGAAACAAGAAAACGGGAGGCUGACAUUGAUUUGUUAGAAGGAAGUUCUACCGGCAAAAGGGCAAAGCGUGUCUCGGAAGAAUCACCAGGAAGGAAAAAUGCAAAAAUAUUACUUUCUCAACAAGAAGAUGGACAUUGCCCACAGUGUGGAAGUUUUGCUUCAAAUUGGUCGGUACAUUGUAGGACAAAUCAUCGUGAAUUUGUUGAUUAUGGAGGGGAUUUUGUUGUUGCUCAUAGACAUGAGGUAUAUCAGUUUAUUUCGCAAUGCUUGCAAAAGUUGGGUGCUUCCGAACAUCAUUCUUCUGUAUUGGCAAAGUAUUUGACUUUUUGUGAUACUUUUGGAUAUUCAAGCGAGGGUUUGCAAAAGCUCAACUAUUAUGUGGACAUGUUAAUUGCUGACAAGUUUUCAGCUUUUGGUGAACCUCAAGUUUUGGAGGAAACCGGAUAUUCAUUUAAAAUUGAUUGUUCUGGAAUUUUGGGCCCAUUAGCAGCAGAUUUCUGUGCAAGCAAGGCGUUAAGUUUCGAUAUAGGCAAGGAGCCAAAAGCGGUUAUGGGAAUUGUGAAUGCUGAGUUCUCAAGUGAAUUUCCGUGUGUUCCUGAACUUAUGGAUUUUUGUGCGGAUUCUCUUUACAGAUCAACUAAAAAUGUGAGCGAUAAAAGACCUUAA